AUGAGAUUAACCGGUUCGCUGGCAGUUCUGGUAUACAUACACGGAGGAGCUUUCGUGUCUGGUGACACGACCUACGCCCAACUCGGUCCGGACUAUUUCCUUGAAGAAGGUCUCGUGUUCGUCUCCUUCAAUUACCGCUUGGGCAUCUUCGGAUUCAUCGGUACGGAGGAUUUGACCUGCCCCGGGAAUGUCGGGCUCAAAGAUCAAGUGUUGGCAUUGACUUGGGUGCAGAGGAAUAUCGCCUUCUUUGGUGGGAAUCCACAGAACGUCACUAUUUUCGGUGAAAGCGCAGGGGCAGCUUCUGUGGCCUAUCACGUGCAAUCAGAUAGUUCAAGAGGUCUCUUUAGUGCGGCCAUUUUGGACAGUGGCACGUCACUCAGCCCAUGGGCUCUCAACAGACGGGCAAGAGAGACGGCAUUUGCUGUUGGAGCAGCGUUAUCUAUCGUGACUUUAGACUCCGAGAAUUUGAUCAAUGGCUUGAGAAAAAUCAACGCUACUAUCUUGCAGUCGAAGGCUUCUGAGGUUUCAACAUUGGUGGAGGGCUGUUGUUUUUUGAAUGUUAUGAGUAUUUGA